GCCGAGAAACGGAUUUAAAGCUGAGAAUUAAUUCUAAGGUCGAAAUAAGAUCUGAAAGCUUUUAGCAACCAAAAAAAAAAAGUGUGAUUUGAAGGCGGUAAGAUCUGAAUCCUCUCAUCCAAAUCACCAAGCAUAAGAUCCGCCAUGGAUUUCAUCAAGGUCUUCGAUCAAACCGUCCGCGAAAUAAAGAGGGAGGUCAAUUUGAAGGUCUUGAAGGUUCCCGAGAUCGAACAGAAGGUCCUGGAUGCUACGGACAAUGAACCUUGGGGUCCUCAUGGCUCUGCAUUGGCAGAGAUUGCACAAGCCACCAAGAAAUUUUCAGAAUGUCAGAUGGUUAUGAAUGUCUUAUGGACAAGGUUAACGGAGACUGGCAAGGACUGGCGCUAUGUCUAUAAGGCAUUGACUGUGAUAGAGUAUUUGGUGGCACAUGGAUCUGAACGUGCUGUUGAUGACAUUAUUGAACAUACUUUUCAAAUUUCGUCAUUAUCUAGUUUUGAAUAUGUUGAGCCAAGUGGGAAAGAUAUGGGGAUAAAUGUUAGGAAGAAGGUAGAGAACAUUGUUGCAUUGUUGAAUAGCAAGGAUAAAAUACAAGAAGUUAGAAACAAAGCUGCUGCAAACCGUGACAAGUAUGUAGGACUAUCAUCUUCUGGAAUCACUUUUAAGUCAGGAUCAGCUUCAUAUAGUAGUGGCAGCUACCAAAGUAGUGACCGCUAUGGAGGUCUUAGCGGCACAAGAGAUGGUGAUAGAUACAGGGAUCAAUAUGAAGAGGAAAAGUCUGAAAGAGAUACUUAUGGUAAGUCCCGCCACACAAGUGAGAGCCAAGGAAGCACUUUGAAGAACGGUUCGACAAACUAUGGAAGCAGGAAAGACCAGACAUCAAAGCCAACAACCAAAUCCAAUGAUUCUGAUAAGUACAGUUCAAUUCCUGCUCAAAACUCAACUCUUCCUUCAAUCAGUGAGGAUGAUUUUGAUGAUUUUGAUCCCCGUGGGACUUCUACCACAAAGGCUGCUGGAAGCUCUAAUCAGGUGGAUCUUCUUGGGGGAAGCUUGAUUGGAGACCUUAUAGAUGCUCCAAGCCCGGUUCUGUCAGGAAAUCCUACUUUGAAUAGCAGUUCAUCAGAGGUUGAUUUGUUUGCUGAUGCCACUUUUGUAUCGGCAGCACCUCAGGUUGAAACUAGAGCAAACUCUCAAACUGAGGUUGAUCUGUUUGCGGAUGCAACUUUUGUAUCAGCACCACCUCAGGUUGAAACUAGAGCAAGUACUCAAACUAAGAACGACAUUGACCUCUUUGCGUCCCAACCUCCCAUUUCAUCUUCAGCUUCUUCACCAGUUGACCUUUUUGCAACCCCUGACACAGUUUCGCAGCCAGAAAUUAAGUCCACACAUACUGCACCAAUAAAUGCCAACAUUGUUGAUCCCUUUGCAGCUGUUCCACUGAACAAUUUUGAUGAUUCUGAUCCUUUUGGUGCAUUCACCUCUCAUUCAAGUUCAGCGUCUUCAGAACCUUCCCAAAAUUCUGUCAAUAGUGGCAGUCACAAUGUUUCGGGUGGAAAUAUUGCAUCUGACUCAAAGUCUUCAGCCAAGAAGGAUACGUUCCAGGUGAAGUCAGGAAUUUGGGCUGAUUCACUAAGCCGUGGAUUGAUUGAUCUUAACAUAUCUGCUCCCAAGAAAGUGUCUUUAGUAGACGUUGGCGUUGUGGGCGGAUUAAGUGAGGGAUUAGAUGAAAAGGAGAAAGGACCUGCAACUUCAUAUUACAUGGGGAGAGCGAUGGGUGCAGGGUCGGGUCUUGGUAGGUCCGGGUUCCCUUCACAUGGCACGGGAGGGGAUGACUUCUUCUCAAGCCUUGGUGGUCAGCAAUAUCAAUAUGGUGGCUUUCAGAAGUAAAUAAAAUUAUUUCUCAUUUAUCUUCUGCAUAUUCUUUGGCAUAUUUGGCCGCUAUAUUGGAGAAAUCCUCCCGCGUUGUGUGCUUAGUUUCUUCCUACAUGCAGUAUAUGAUGUUUCAUUUGAGUAGUAUAUUUAAGAUGGGUGAUAUAUAAUUGUUGGACUUUUCGAUACAGUGCAACGAGAUAUUUUGUUAUGAGAUGCUCCGAGUUUUCUA